AGAAUACCGAGAAAGAGAAAAAUUUGGAAAAUCUUGGCAAUGUGAGUUAUUUGAAAUACAUGCAAUAAAUUGUUCAUUUUUCUUCGAAUGAUUCGAAAUUUUAGGUCAAUUGAUGUCAACCGAGUAAAAUACUCAAAUCAUGCACUUACCGUAGCAUUGACCAUUGAGUCUCGUGUGUACAGUAGAUAUAUGGGCUAUUUCCAAAAGGUUAUAAUUAUGUGUAAAUGUUGUUGGUUUCCAUGAUUUUCCUCUCCUGUUAUUCAUAUAUCAAUACCUAUGAAUCCUAUAAUCUCUGCAACACUGACAAAAUUCGUAAUUCAGGCAAUGGUCAAGGGAUUUUGGGAAACGAUUUGGAAUUUUAAUUUAAUAGGAAACGCACAAUCUCCGUAAUUCCGUAAUAUAAAAGGAACCAUUAUAUAAGAUGUAUGCUUUGCAUCGCAUUGGAUUGUAAUGGAACAGUGACAAUAAUCAUAUACUAUGCAUGAGGAGAUACUUCUUCAAAGGGAAUUUUUUCCUGACAACAAUAGGUCUUAUAUAUACAAAUAUGCCUAUAUAAUGCGUUCAGGUAGGCUUUAUAGGUUAUUAGUAAAUCCGUCACGCUUGGAUAUAUUGAACUGCAUUUAGUGUUGAGGGAUGAUCCACACUGGCUGGAUUCGUAAUCUAUCAAAAAUUAAAUCACCCUCAUGACAUAUAAUGCACAUAAGUAGCCAAGUGAACAGAGCAUUUAAUUUAAUUUAUGUUUAUUUUUAUGCAGGCUGAGCUAGAGUAUGAAGAACUGAAAGCAUCAUUUGACGCACAUAAUACAAAGCAUGAAAUUUUAAAGGUAGGCCUACUGUAGUUAUUUUAAGUACAUCAAUAGUACUUUACAAUUGAUUGUAGAUGGACGUAAUGAGAAUUUAGUGUGUCUUCAUCGCUUAGCAUAUACAGUAUACAUAUAUAUAUUCUUGCAUGCAUGGUUUCCACUUGGCGGGAAAACGCUGAUAAGCGAGAAUAUAUCAUUAGCUAUUUGGAAUGUGUUUUCUUUCAAAUUUACCUUCGUAUCUUUGCCUUAUUAUGUAUAUAUAUAUAUAUAUAUAUAUAUAUAUAUAUAUAUAUAUAUAUAUAUAUAUAUAUAUAUAUAUAUAUAUAUAUAUAUAUAUAUAUAUAUAUAUAUAUAUGUAUAUAUAAUCUCAACUUCGUUGUAUAUAUCAAAUGUGGCAUUGGAAAUGACUGGGUUAUAGCUAUUAAGCAUAUUUUCUGUUUAUCGUAAAGCGGGUUUGCGAGUUGGUUUUUGCCAUGAGUGGAACUGAAAGAACCUUAUAUAGUAAUAUCGAAUAACCAAAAUGGAAUGAAAAAAUGUUAACAUUGCGUAACAGCACAAAACACAUUAGCCAAAUGAAGAGCCUUCGUUCCAAACGUCGAAGUUCGUUCUUAUUUUCCGGGUAGUUGCAUCAUAUCAGAGGCGUAACCAGGAUAGUUGGUUAGGGGGUGAGAGCAAAAACCUAUAGGUGGGGCCAAGCUGCCAGUGACUCGAGACGCAAAGUUUCGUAGAGAUUUGCAAUAGCCGGUCCCCUUAUUGCGUAUUCUGAAUACAACUACCAGCAUGCUUUUCGGACAUGUUAUUGCAUAAUGAAGAAAUACCCGCAAAGUAUCAUGGACCAUAGAUUAGUUGUAUUCAGAACACGUAAUAAGGGGAACCGGCUAUCGAGAAAACACAUUGGUUUAAACUUCAUCCCUCAUUUAAUACAUAUUGAAAUAAUUAGGGUUAGAAAAGGUAUGCAUUUCAAGCUGUGUGCCACAAAUAAGCGAACGCGAACAAGAUUUAGGUUUCACACAUGAUGCGCAGCAAAGCAUAUAUUCUACAGAAUUUUUGCAUUAUUGACAGCAUGAAGCUAUAUAUAAUCAAGGAUUCCCUUUUUUAUACAAUACAUUUUAUCAGGGGGGGGGGGCAAAAUUUUGCCAGGCUACGCCUCUGCAUCAUAUAUAUACCCAACCCCGCAAAUUAUAUGACGAAGUUGUGUUCUAUAGUUGUAUAUUUUAUAUGAGUUCUAACAACAGCAGCGCAAUUAUUUUGUGUAUAAACAUGGACGACACUGCAUGAUGUUGCUGCUAUUGUGUUCCAGGCACAGUGUUUGCGCGAGAGCAUUACUCGUUUGGCUGAUGGUACAAAGACUUUUGCUCAACGCGUAUCAACUAUAAGUGAAGCAGAGAAGGAAAUAGCGAGCUCCAUUCCUGUUGUGCCUACACAAAUAGGCCGCAUUAAUAAGGAAUACCAAGGUUAGUUAUAUUGCCAGAAUAUUUAACAAUUAUUCGCUGAAGGCGAUCGAGGUGAUUAUCGGGAAAUAUUCACCGAGACGAAGUGGAGGUGAAUACUCCCCGAUAAUCACCGAGCCUGAGGCGAAUAAUUGUUUUAGUAUUUUUACACAAGCUUUUGUGUUUUUUGAGACUGAAUUUAUUUUAAUUUCGCUUAUUUUUUAUCAGUAUAUCUCCACAAAAAAGCUAGCCGCCAUUUUUCAAAUUUUGGUUUUGUUAUAUUCACCUGCAGGUGAAUAUUACCUUCUUAUUAACCGAACGCGAGGUCUCUACAGAGAAAUAUCGGACCGAGGUCUUUUUUGUACAGACCGAGCCCGAGCAAGCGAGGUUAAUAAAAAGUUUAUUAUAUGACAUUUAUAGGCAUUUAUAUUUGAAAUGCAUAUUAGUAGCGCGGUACCCAUUUGGUCGAAGAAAACAAAAAGUACCAAUGUAUUCCUUCUUUUUCACUAAAAACCAUUCGCAGGUAUCUUAUUGUUAACAAAUUAAAUUAUAAUUAUCAAUCAGCUUUUCUGUUUUGUUUUAAAAUGCAUGCGUUUGUUUUUACAAAAUAGUGGACCGCUGAAAGUGCUUCUCAGCCAAUCACAAUCCGCCAUUUCACGGGAAGUAAUGCUUGCCAUAUAAUAAAACAGCUUAAUACGUAAAGUUUGACCAAUCAACUUGUAGGAUUUGUUAUAUUCACUUGUGCAAAAAUACUAAAAUAUAUUAGAUAGUGCAUGUUUUCGCGCAAUUUCAUCGGUUCCCCAGCUCCGGAUAUCCUCGCACUGUAAACCACUAUUCAUCUCAGGACCAAAACAAAAUGUCUUCCCGUUCAGCCAAGCUGUAGUUUCGCCUAACAAAGAAAGCCACAACUAUAGGUUUAACAGUGUUUAUAGAGGUAUUUUUCUCUUCUCUCUCCGGCCACAUCCACCGCUAUCAAACCCCUGUUAUUUUGUAACAUCCCAAUUUUGCACUUCUAAAAUUUAACCCUGAUAAAUCUAGUGUUCGAGUGUCUUCUGGCACAGAUUUUACCAAUAAUAUACCACUUACAGGUUUUCGUUUUUAUCGCUAUAACAUAUGCCUAUAGUUACGAUAGCUCUUAAAGCACCCCAAAAAUAUUGGAAGCGAACAUGUGCGACAGAACUGGCAGAGUGGGAGUGAUUGAACCAUAGCGGGAGUGGUUUAUAUACUGAUGCAUAUCCAAUGGGAGCUAGAUCUCGCAUGGACGGGGGAUCACUUCAACAACAACGAGUUGAAAUACUGUACAUACACAUUUUCUUAAUAUAGGCGAGGAAGCGACAGAAGAAGUAGUCAAAAGAACAGCGGAUGCUUUAAACAUUUCCCGACCAAUAUCAUUCGCGGAUGUACUUGCCAAAAAACGUGCUCGUGCUCGAAAACUGAAAGUAAAAUCCUGCUUUUUGCCCGAAUCAAAUGAAACAAGCUCGCCUGAAGAAAUGGAUUGGGUUAUGGUUGAACAAUCGAUGUCAGCGUCGCUUGUAGAUCUAAGCAAGGACUCUGACUGGUCGAAUAACGAUAGACGUUUAAGCUCGGAGAUGUUCUCUUGUUUAAAAGAGCGGCUUCAUAUUGAUAGCCCUAGUGGCAGAUCAUAUAUUUCCAAUCCUGGAAUUGAACAACGAAUCGCGUUCAGGGCAGGACUAGGGCUCAAUGCAACGGACGAACGCCUUGAACCACCUGUUUUCCCGCCCCCUCGUCCCAAUGCAAGAAAAGGUAAGUUAGUGUGAAUGUACGUAGUGUGAAGGUGUUUAAACACAUUGAGCAACUCGUAUCACGUAGGGAGCUUUAAGAUGAUCUAAUUUUUAUUGUGGAAUCUCGUUUAGAAUUUUAGCACUCAAGUGAGUAGUAGUAUCUUAACUAAAUCUUUGAGUCGAAAUAUUCAGUAUAAAGGGAAGUGACAUCUACUAUUAUAUGAAUAUCCGGGAUGAAUAUCCGGGCUUACCAGAGACCAUUACGAGAGACGUAGCGAAACAUCUGGAUUUGGAUGGGGGUUGGCGUCUGAGGCAACGCCCAGGAAAUUACUGUAUUAUAUUUUUGAACCUCCAGAACUGCGUUUCGGCGUUUCCUAAAGCACACUUGCAAACAAAUUGCGCUCACAUUGCCAGUAUUUUACACAAAAUUCCUGUUAUGUGGAAGUAAUUUAACGUUUACUUUAAUUAGUUAUGAUUUGACAAAAGAUAACCACAGUAUUGCCUAAACUUUACCUAAAAAUGUCAAAAUUUGUACUUGAAUUUUGCCUGAUUUUUCUGCACUUUUAGAGUUCAGGCAGUUUUACACUCCCCAUAACGCCCGGCCCACUCGCUACGUCUCUGGCGAUUACAAAUCAAACGCUUUGCAAUGUAUAGCGUUUCCUAGCCAUGAUAGUUUUUUAGCAUGGUAUAUGCAGUCGUGAAAUAACAUGGCUAUACCCACCUUUAAUUAAUUUAAUAAGUACAUGCCUACCUUAAAUUUUAUGCACUAAUUGUAUUGUAGCCCCAAAGCCUCCGGUAGAUCUACCAAGAGUUGAACCAUACGCUGUUGGUCGUUGGACACCAAAUGAAGCAGGACUUUACGCUCAGGCAGACUUGUUUCCUUCAGGUAAAUUGUAUAUUUAAUGUGUAAUUUAUACCAAACUCUAGUCAGAAUGUAUAGUGUAGGAACUUCCAGUCCAAAACCAUCCUGGAGGAGAUUCGUUUCCCUCACGAAGUACCGAAUCUCAUUUGCAUGUCGUGAUAGCAUGAUGAAACUUUGAUCUAUUUUUCAUACAUUAAUCUGGGUUUGAUUUUUAUAUCAGAGAAUGAAACACAGAAAACAUGUUCCCUAAAAUGUUCGUGGCCUAGGGGAAAAGAGAUCCGACUUCUAUUACAAUAUAUGUGUAAAUCAUAUUUAAUCAAUUAUCUGUAGGAUACGUGAUUGCCAAUCGGAAGGCACGCCCAGUGGCUACAGUACUAAAGGCCCGCUAAAACUAGGUGAAUAUAUAUAAUUCAUCCAACAUUGUUGGAUGCAACAUGUUGUACUCGUUUGAACACUAUGUUGCAUGGGUAAUAUAUUGGCUGAUGUUGGAAAAUAUUGGAUCGGGUUUGAUUUUGCUUAAAUUUUCAUUCAACAUUGUGCAACAAACGAUUAGGCGUGCGCAUUGCAAAACACGCUCGAUGCAACAUUGUCCAAGAAAAAUAUUGUUGGACCAACAUGGACUCGGUUGGACGCGGGGCUUCAAAUUUACAUAUAAAUGCACUGAAUCACGUACUUCAUAUUUUCCUAUCCCUGUGUACGAAGCAGUUUCACAGCAUUGGUAAGAAAAUGCGUUCUCAGAAUUAUAGCAUUCAAUUAAACUCGGUAAAUCUUCCGCGGAAUAGCGUCAGUGUUCAUACUAUAGUAGAUAACGGAAUGUACCUUUAGAGCAUUGCUCUUUGUUGUUUGAAAGUGCUGUUGUCUAAAGGUUUUCUUAGUUAUUUCACUUGCUUUGACAUACAGUUAGCAUGCGCAAGUUUUGAGAAUAGAAAAGUCUGUCGACUGCAAUCAUGCCGUUUCUAUCGAGUUGUACUGCUGCCGGAAGUGGACAGUGAAAGACAAAAACAUUCAAGAUACGAAGAGAUAAUUUCACUCGAAAAAUGCCUGUCUAUCCCUUGUUUUAUUUCUUUUUCUUAAAGGAUAAUUAAUAUUUUAAGGAAUUUAAAACAAUUUCUGGUAUUAAACUAGCAGCAAUCAAAGCGCAAAAAUGAUGUAAGCGAAUCUUUCUAAAUGAGGUGUCUAAAGUUUAUAGUGAUUCAUUUAUUUACUCCUGCAUACGUAUCGACAGUUCUUUGCAACUCUUAAAGCGUACUGAAAUUCACAAAUUAUACUUACAGUACUGUGGUUAGAACUUGGAAUACUCGAUCCACGCAGGAUCUGAUUUCCUCAGUAUAUCAUUAAUUAUUAUUAUUAUUAUUAUUAUUAUUAUUGUAGUUUGUAUUUCGACGUAGGUGUUACCAGGCCUCUUCACAGUUGGCAAGAAGAUGAGAAAACCAAUAGAAGAGAAACAGAUGACUCAGGAGAAUAUACGAUGCCAAGGCAGUUUACGAAUCAAAAUGAAGCCGUAUAUGCUGUUCUUGAACAAGAAGGAAUGGAUGUUACUACAGAUGAACGAUAUCUUGAUGUGAUACAAUAACAUUAAAAGCAAAGGAAACAUGACGUUAUUUUGGAUGCAACUAUAAAAGUAGUGCAUAUUCGUGUAUUUCCGAGCCAAAGACUUUUCUAUGUUCAUGGGCGUAUGGGCCUAAUCUUGUUGGGGGAGGGCACAGUAUUAGUUUGCCCGAUUAUUCUUUUCGCCUGAUUUUUCUCAAUCAAUAUUUCUCCCCAAAAUUGUUGGCGAGCGGGGGGUGGGGGGGGGGGUUCGACAAAAAAAUUUUCCGAACAUAUCAAAAAAAAAUUCCCUAACAUCCCGGAAUUUUUGCACACAUGCAAAAAAUUUUCCGGACAUAUUAAAUAAAUUUUCCUAAUAUCCCGUAAUUUUCGCAACCAUACAAUAAAUUUUGCGUCAUAUCCAAAAAUUGUUUCGGAACUUUUAUGUUUUGCCCGAAUCACGCAUGGAUUUGCCCAACUGUAAUAAUUUUGGGGGAGCAUAUGCCCCCCAUUCCCCCCCCCCCCGGCCCAUACGCCCAUGUCUAUGUUCCGCAAUGCUUCUUUCUUUAGUUUAUAUUUAAGACGUCUUCCUCUCAAUGUUACGACUUACGAGGGUCUUCCACUAAAUUAUAUUUGCCCUAAUCCCACAAUUGUGUCGACCGCCCCACCCAACUUGUGAACAUUCACCGAGUCCUGCACAACCGCUUCUCAAACGCCAAACUGUGAUACUAAAUUCACUCUCCUUACUUUAAUACUCUUCGUUACGCAUGAUUGCACUUAAAAUAGCUGCUCUAUAAACCAAUCAAAAUAGAAAAAAAAAACUUACCUGAUGCUGCACACACACAAAGACAAAACAACAAAAAUAGAAAUAUGAAUUUAAAAAAUAUUAAAUCCCAUAUGAAAGGUGAUAUGCACAGGGUGUAUAAAAAUACGCAACCUCGGAAUUUCCUAAGAAAUCCACUUUGCAAUUCUUAAGCCUAAAAGAUUUUAGGCCUCUGGGAAUUGAAAUCGAAUUGCAAAUAGAUCAUAUCAUUGUUGUUGUACUGUUAAAUAAAUGCAUAAAUUUUGCUUUAUGCACUCGCGUGUGCAGUAAUUUUGACAGUUGUGCUAUUUUAAAUUCCCAUGAGGCACCUAAAAUCUUUUGUCCUUAAAACAAUGUCGAUUUCUGAGGUUGCGUUUUUUUUAUACACCCUGUACAUCACAGCUAGCUGAUUAAAUAAUUAAUAUGCAAAGUCAACGAGGCUUCCGCCCAACGGAUUAUCCCAGAGCCUCCAGACUCGCGAGCCAUGUAUAGUCAUUUAUAAAUGUUUAAAUGAUUUAAAAGAUUUUAAAUUUGAAUUAACGAAGACAUUCACAGCUAUUACACAAGAAGAAAAAACGACCUCCACCUCCCAAAGACGAACACAAACAGGGGAAAACAAAGACCAAUCUACCAAGCAUCAAAAGACUUUAACAACCUAGAACCAUGCAGACAUUAGAAACGCUAACUCGUUAUACAAGUUUAAAGCUCUAAUAAGAAACGCUGUGUAGGCGAGAAUUACAUAGUAAACAUAGUCAUAGUUCCAUAACGUUUUAUAUAUAU